UGAACGCAGCAUGAGUAGACGUACACACACUUCUCUUGUUGCCGCCAGCCUUUGUGAUCUAAUAAUGUCCUGCUAGCUCUUCGCGUCUACAUCCUUUUGGAUCAAAUGCAUUAUUGAUUUUCUGCAUUUUUUUCAUAAAGGAACAUUACUUCAGUUGUACCGUGGAAAUCCAAAAGCCUAAGAUGACGACUAAAAUCAAAGUGGGAAAGGUUGGUUCGAAGAACAAGGAGGAUGCUCCAUAUGAGCUGGAGAGCCAGUUUGUCCUAAGGCUUCCUACGGAGUAUGCCUCAACAGUAAGACGGAUAGCACAGUCCAGCAGUAUGAACAUGAAAGACAGACUCACGAUCGAAUUGCACCCUGAUGGCCGUCACGGGAUCGUCAGAGUAGACCGUGUUCCUUUGGCCUGUAAACUGGUGGAUCUGCCUUGUAUGAUUGAAUCUCUCAAAACGGUUGAUAAGAAGACAUUUUACAAGACCGCUGAUGUCUGCCAGAUGCUGGUAUGCACACUAGAUGGAGACCUUUACCCUCCUUUAGAGGAGCCGACUGGUACUGAUCCAAAGAGCAAAAAGAAAGACAAAGACAAGGAUAAGAAAUUUGUUUGGAAUCAUGGCAUUACCUGCCCACUGAAGAACACACGGAAGAGAAGAUUUCGGAAGACUGCAAAAAAGAAGUACAUUGAAUCUCCUGAUGUGGAGAAGGAAGUGAAGAGAUUGCUGAGCACAGACGCUGAUGCAGUCAGUGUCCGAUGGGAGGUUAUAGCAGAGGAUGAGUCUAAGGAAGCAGAUCAACACAGCUCUCUGGCCAACUUGGACUCUUCACCUGGAACUUCAGGGCACAAGAUGGGUCAUGGGUCUUCUGUUCAGCGUGACGAACUGAGGGAGAUCUUCAACGACAUCAGCAGCUCCAGUGAGGAUGAGGAGGACGAGGGGGACCGGCAUGAAGAUGAAGAUCUGAACAUUAUGGACACGGAAGAUGAUCUGGUGCAACAGCUGCAAGACAAACUCAAUGAGUCGGAUUCUGCUCAGAAUGAAAGUGAUAGAAACAACCAAAUAGUUAUGGAGUAUCAGGUGCAGAUAAACAGUGUUAAGUCCAAGAUUCAGGAAACCCGUGCACGGAGGAAGCAGCAGGAAGAGCUCAUCAUGAAAGUGGAAAACCAGGCCCUCAAAAACCGCUUCCAAGCCUUGUUGGAUGAGAUCAUUCAGCAGGAAGAGCGGGAGAUGGUGCAGCUGGCCUCCCUGGAAGAGCAGCUUGACUCGCUGAUCGAGAAGUGACCAGCAGGGGGCAGUCACGUGUCGUCUUCAGCUGCGAGGAGAAUGAGGAUGAAGAGGAGAAUUACCUUCAUCCAAGGAAGGAGGGCAGACUUUAUUUGGAGAUAUGCUGCAUCAUUCCCCUUAUUUUUUUUUUUUAUUUACUUAUUUACAUUACUGCUAAUGCAUACUGGUUUUUGAAUUAAAGUCGGAUAUUUUUUCUUAACUUAGAAAAAAAACAAACUUGAGAAUACAUGAUUGGAUUACAGGGUUUACCUUAAAGGUGAAUAUUUUCUGAUUUGUUUUUCAUCUCAAACCUUUAACAAAAUGUCAGCCAAAUUUAACUUCAGUUAACCUUUGUUUUAAUUCAUUACAUAUACAGAAAAUAAAUUAUUGACGUGUGAAAGGAAUUGACAGACUUUUAUUGCAUUUUCUUUUUUUUUAUUAGUAUGUGUUUUGUAACAUUUACUGAACAAAAUGAAACUAAAGCAUCCAAGGCCAUUCGCAAUACACUCAGUAACUUAUUAAAGUCAGUCAAAAUCAAUGAAAAUUGAAAUUUCUUUCUCUCAGUUUUACCUGAAGGACAUAAAUAGGAUAAUCACUUAUGAUGUACCGUUGCAUCUCAGUGACGGAUGGUUAUUCGCUGAGAUGCUAUGACUGUAAGCGCUUCUGUCACACACACCUGUGUGUUUUUUGUUUGCAAAGAAGCUAAGUAAAGAACUGAAUUGUUCAUGAAUUGGAAAUCUUCUAAAAUGACCUGAAUAAAAGUUAAUUUGAGUGAUUAUCAUUGCCAGUAAAUACCUCGGGUAGUGUCAGUCUUUCACUUUAUUUGGAUGUAUAGAAGUAUUCAGUGCACGAUUAUAGAUGUGGACAAAAAUAAAGAUUACAUCUUGGAAACAG